AUGGGCGAGGCAACCCACUGGACCAGGACCACCGACAACACACCACCGGUGCCCGCGCUCGCUCUCCGGCGGGAGGUACCUAUCCAAAACACCACCAACCCACCACCAGACGCCCCCGGAGCAGAAACGACCACCACAUAUCCAUCCACCCACAACCCACCAACCCAACCCACAAAAAUGCACUGGCUCCUCCGCAUAAUCCGCUCCCCCUUCCUGCUCAAGCUCCCCUGCAUCCUAGCCCUGACCCUCCUCCUCCAAUGCAUCACCACCGGCACCGUGCCCAGCACGCACCUACUCGCCACCCUCACGCGCUGCGCCGCCGCCGUCCUGGCCGUGCAGACGGCCGUCGCGGUCCCCUCGGUCCUGCUGCGCUGCGAGCUGCUGUAUGACUUGGCGGGGGCGGGGUGCUUUUUGUUGGUGGUGGGGUUGAGUCUGGGGGGGAGGGCUGCUGGGGGAGGGGGGGAGGGUGGUGGUGGUGGUGGUGGUUACGGUGGUGGUGAUGGUGGUGGUGAUGGUGGUGAUGGUGGUGAUGGUGGUGAUGGUGGUGGUGGUGGUGAGUGGGGGGUGGGGAGGGUGCUUGUGGAGGGGAUUGGGAGGGCGGUCGUGAGGAUGGAUUGGGGGGUGUGGGAGGAGAUGGGGGUGGAUUGGAGGCAGGGGCUGGUUAGUGCGGUGGUGUGCGUUUGGGCGGUGAGAUUGGGCAUAUUCACCUUCGUUCGGUCGCUUUGCCGAGGGGGUGACUCGCGUUUCGAACCCUUCCGCGCCAAUCCUUCGCUGUUCUUUGGACUCUUCAUGCUGCAGGGAGUGUGGGUCAUGUUUUGUACCCUCCCUGUCAUUGCGCUGAACUCGAUCCCAAGCGAGGGCUUUACCGGCACUGGUUGGCGCAAGCCGGACCAACCCUCGAUCAUCCCGGGGAUGUACCGCCGGUUCUGGUUCUGGCUCGGCAUGUGGUCCUUUUUCAGGGGCUUUAUGAUUGAGUGCGUGGCAGACUGGCAGUUGUCGAAGUGGCGCUUGGACAGGUACCUGAAGAAGCACGACGAGGUGUUUUGCGGGAGGGGCCUUUGGGACAGGAGUCGACAUCCCAACUACUACGGCGAAUGCCUCGUAUGGCUUGGGAUCUCCAUGUGUUGCUAUUCUAUCAUCAUAUCGACGGCCGGCCGGAGAGCGCUCGGGCUGGGGUGGUUUACCGUUGUGGUGUUGUGCUGCAUCACGCCGUAUUUUGUUUACAAGUUGCUGAAGAACAUCAGCAUCCCAGCGAUUGAAGACAAACACGACAAGAUGUACAUGGGGCGGCAGGAUUAUCGGGACUGGAGGAGGACGUGGACUUUCAGGCUCUGGCUUGACGGGGCUGGUGUCCUCUGGGGAUACGCCUGA